GCAUCCAAUACGAUGCAAGCACCGUGCUGUCUACCUUGGCCGCUCACAAUUCUCCAUACGAUGGAAAAUUUUCUGACCAUGGUGUAUAGAAAUCGGACAGUGGACAGGACGACCGAGUCAUAUAUGGACUUUCGUCCAUGCAAGGAUGGCGUAUAAGCAUGGAAGAUGCGCAUGCGUGCGUGCUGGAUCUGAAAGCCGAUACCAAGGACAAGAAGCUAUCGCCGAGUAAACAGCGCUUAAGUUACUUUGGUGUAUACGACGGGCACGGCGGCGAUAAGGUUGCCAUAUACACCGGGGAUAAUCUGCACAGGAUCAUUGCGAAGCAGAAUUCUUUUCGUAAUGGGGACAUCGAGCAAGCCUUGAAGGAUGGUUUCCUUGCAACCGACCGGGCCAUAUUGAGUGACCCGAAAUAUGAAGAGGAAGUUUCCGGCUGCACCUCCUCUGUUGGUAUCAUAUCCAGUGAUAAGAUCUACGUCGGCAAUGCUGGGGAUUCACGGUCAGUUCUAGGCAUAAAAGGGCGGGCAAAGCCCUUAUCGUUUGAUCAUAAGCCGCAGAACGAAGGCGAAAAAGCGAGGAUUGUCGCAGCCGGCGGAUUCGUUGAUUUUGGGCGAGUCAAUGGGAAUCUGGCUCUCUCGCGGGCUAUUGGCGACUUCGAGUUUAAGAAAAGCGCCGAUUUACCACCUGAGCAGCAAAUCGUCACUGCCUUCCCCGAUGUUACAGUUCAUGACAUUUCGGCGGAUGACGAGUUUCUAGUCGUGGCUUGUGAUGGUAUCUGGGACUGUCAGAGCUCACAGGCGGUCAUUGAAUUUGUCCGCCGAGGCAUUGCGGCCAAGCAGGAGCUCCAUGUGAUCUGUGAAAACCUGAUGGACAAUUGCCUUGCUGCCAACUGCGACACUGGCGGCGUGGGCUGUGACAACAUGACGGUAGUCAUCGUUGGCCUUCUGAACGGGCGAAGCAAGGAGGAGUGGUAUAAUGAAAUUGCCGAGCGAGUGGCCAACGGAGACGGGCCUUGCGCACCUCCCGAAUAUGCUGAACUCCGAGGGCCCGGCAUGCAUCACCGGAGCGAGGAUGCGCAAGACGACUACGACAUGGACAUGGAAAACCAUCGCUCGCAAGGUCUCGGCCAGCUGGCUCGAGCGCUCGGGGGCCGCAUCAUUCUUCUAGGCGAUGGGACCGAGCUGUCCAACGAAGCGGGCGAUUCGGAAAUGUUCGACCACAUCGACGAAGACAAGGACCUUGAAGAACAGAUCCAUCGGACUGAGAGGAUCACCGAGUUGCCGGAGGAGUCGGACGCGACCCGAGCACAGAGAGAAGACACCCCUGCUCCCACUGGCGCUCCGGCAGCCGAGAAAGACCAAUCUGCGCCGUCAUCGACGACGGAGACUGGCGCCGCGCCAUCCAGCACGGAGACGAAGAAGGAGGCAUCAUCUUAAGCGUCAGUCACUGGACAUUUACUAGCAUCCUGCACAUACCCGAAUCACGCGACAUUUGGAAACGGAUUGGGUGCCAAGGGUUGGUUGCAAUGCACAGGUCGAAUCUGAAUAUGCGGCGGCGAUGUGUGCCUGGGAAUGCGGGGCCGACCAUGGGUUCUGUUGAGGGUUGA